AUGCACGACCCCGACUGCCCCUGCUCCUACGAGCUCUACCUCGGGAUAAGCAAGCCAUACGCCCCCCUCGGCCGCCUCUGGGUCCUCGUGCUCGUCGACGCCGCAACCAGAAAGGCAAUCUGGUACUGGUCGAAGCCUGACCCCGAAGAUUCCGAGCCAAGCGGCAGCUCAAUCUGGCCCUUGCCUUGGUCAAAGCCAAACCCUGACGCAAACGUAAACUACAUACGCACGCGCAGCAAGCGCCUUGUAUUCAGGCGCUCGGAGUUCGCAGAUACAUUGCUCCUUGGCACGAUCCAGGCGGAGGAUUACGGUACGUUCCAGGAUAUCUUCUAUGAGCUUGAUCUUACGUGGAAUAAGAAGUUUGUGGCGAUGUUCGUGGCGAAUUUGGCGAGGUUGGGGCUCAUUGAGAAUGGUGUUGCGAGGGAUGUUCUUAUGGCUAGUUGGGUUGGUGGGUAUCAGUGGAGGUUCCUGGAUGUGAAGGUCCCUGCUGAUGAUGAGGCUGGGAGUAACUUGGAGGAUGAAGGAGGGUUUCUUCGGGAUGGAGUGGGAUAA